GAGUGAAGUUUCUGCAGAGAAGUGCAGUAUGAGGAAAACGGGAGGUGGACCGGCAAGACCUGAGAUGUCGCAGCAAUCUCAGUCUGUGGCAAGCCUGUUCCAGACCUCAGCAUCAUUCCAUGGUGUAUGUUCUGAUGCCGACACCGUCAUCACAAACAAAGACUUUAAUGAUUCAACUUAUGACAUUGUUGAUGACAAUCUUCUAAGCAGUGGCCUUCUAAGCUUGUGCCCGCUUGAGACGUUAACACAAGAUGUUCAAGAUAACAUGAACAUGCCAUCCAUGUCGGUGACAGCAGACGAAACUUUCACACAGCAAAGAGCAAGUUAUCCAGAGGAGUCUGCAACAAAUGCUCCAAGCCAAACUGCUUCAUUUACGUCGGAUGAAAAGAGGCAGCAUAAAAACAAAACUCACCAGAAAAGAACACUGAAGGAUCUACAGAUGACAUUUUAUGAGAGGCAGAUCCAGCUCUCCGAGACACAAAUGAAAUGUUACAAUAAAUUUGCACAGCUGGCUGAUGUUUUGAUAGAGAAAUAUAAAAUUGAUUAAUAUAAACGAAACUAUUUAAAUAUAUGCUUUGGUGCUUUGUUCUGAGGACAGAACUUGUUAAAAUUUUGAUGUUUUAAAUGAAAUAUUGUAUUUGGAGUAUAAAAUUUGUUAAACUUGAAAUUCGAAAAAUAGAUUGUAUUUGCCUAAAAA